GUUGGCUAAUUUAGCCGUGUGCAGACAUGCAUCAGAACACAUGGGGGAUAUGAGAGCUUUUACUUCGCCAGAAAGGCAGUUACAUUUUAGGCUGGGUCCUUGGAAGACGACACACCCCGUCCUGGCCUUGCCCGUUCUAAAAGUACCGCGGAGCUGUCUGUUGUGUGCACAUUUCUUGAGGAAUAAACGCUGUUGUUUUUGCCCAACCCCGAACGCUUCCGUCUCUUGCCUUUACCUGAGCCAUCCCGCUCACAGUGGCGCCUCAACAGGGACCUGAACCCCUCAGAUGACGGAAGGAGAACGCCCGCUGGGCCAGGCCCUCCAGCGCCUCGCCCUCAUGCAGGAGAGCACAACUGCCCUGCAACGUCAGCAGAGCGAGGCUCUCCUCGAAAUCGCCUCCAGCCAGCGGGAGGACCGUGCUCUCCUGCGGGAGCUGCUGCAGCGUCCGGCCGCCCGGGAGGCCGAGCCGGUGACCAACCCCGCCCGGCCGCCGCAGAUUGCCCUCCAGAAGAUGUCAGCCGACGACGACCCAGAGGCUUAUCUGGACAUAUUUGAGGGCACUGCGGCGGCGUGCGGGUGGCCGGAGGAGGAGUGGGCUGUGCGGCUUCUUCCCCUGCUAACACGGGAAGCGCAGCUAGCCGCCCACAGCCUGCCAGCGUCCGAUCGACAUGAGUACACGUCUGGCAGCACGCCAGAGGGACACCGCCGCCGGUUCAGGGCCCUUCCCUUCGAGGACGCUGGCCGCCCCUUCUCCUACGCGAAGCAGCUCCUCGAUGCGGCGAGGCGCUGGCUUCAGCCGGGGAUGCGCUCCGCCGAGGACGUCAUGGAGCAGGUGGCACUGGAGCAGUUUGUCGCCGGGCUGCCAUCGUCAACGGCGAAUUGGGUCCAGUGUCACCGCCCUGCCAGCCUGGAGGCAGCCGUCGUCCUCGCGGAGGACCACCUUUCGCUUCCCCGGCGGAGCAUGAAGGAGGAGCCCCGACAACCUGUCGUCCCCGCGGACCGACCCGUUCCAGCCCCGAGGAGGAGGUUCCAGACAGCAGCCGCUGCACCGCGUUCCCCUCAACCCACGACCCAGCCCCUUCCCACCCAAGCCCUACCUCAUCUCUCUCUCUCUCUCCCCAGGAUCCAGCCUCCGCCUCUGGUCGUCCGGCACCACGGGGGGCUCCUCAGGCGCCAGGGCAGGAGUGCUGGCGGUGCGGGCAGCCCGGCCACUUCCGGCGGGAGUGUCCCAUGA